CGGGAAGGAGGCGCUCAACUUGGCGAGCUUCGUCGCCGAGCUGUACAACCUCCAGGUCGUGCACUGCGGCCUCGUGUACGACCUCGUGCGCGACCUCGUCGGGCGAGGAGCUUCGGGCGAGGGCAUGGGCGAGCUCGAGGUCGAGCUGUUGAGCCGGAUCGUCAAGCGCUCGGGGCAGCAGCUUCGCUCGGACGACCCGUCGGCGCUCAAGGACAUCGUCUCGCUCGUCAAGCACAAGAUGGCCGGCGUCGACCCGUCCUCGAUGAACUCGCGCACGCGCUUCAUGGUCGAGCAGCUCACCAACCUCAAGAACAACAAGUUCAAGGCCGCCGGGUCCUCGGCGGGCGCCUCUUCCGGCGCCGACGGCGCUGUCGACCACCGCACGCCAGUGCGCAAGUACCUGUCGUCGCUCAACCGCUCGCGCGCGUCGGGUGCGGCGCCCGACCCGCUGCGCGUCGGCCUCGGCGAGCUGCGCGACCCCAAGCGCGGCAAGUGGUGGCUCGUCGGCGCGGCGUGGGCAGGCGACCCGCUCGCCGAGCACCAAGCCGGCCUCGAGCAGCAGGGCGGGCUCCUCGGCAAGGGCGGCAAGGAGGCGACCGGCGACGCCGAGCUCGCGCGGUUGGCGAGGAGUCAGGGCAUGAACACAGACGUCCGCAAGGGCGUCUUCAACGUGCUCAUGAGUAGCGAGGACUACAUCGACGCCUGCGAGCGCCUGCAGCAGCUCGGCCUGUCGGACGUGCAGCAGCGCGAGAUCGCCCGGGUCCUCUUGCAGUGCUGCGGCAACGAGAAGGUCUACAACCCGUACUACACGCUCGUCGCCUCGCGCCUGUGCGCCAAGUCGCACUCGUUCCAGAUCACGCUCCAGUACAUCCUGUGGGACUUUAUCCGCAGCGACCUCGGCGAGCAGAGCGUCGGCGGCCAGGAGCUCGUCAAGAACCUUGGCGGCCAGGCGGCCGCGAGCGACGACAACAAGGUCCCGCCGCGCAAGAUGACGCACACGGCCAAGUUCUACGCGUGGUGCAUCGCCAAGGGCGCCCUGUCGCUCGCCGUCCUCAAGCCGAUUCCCUUUGCGACGCCGCUCCCCGCCACGCGCACCUUCCUCAUCCAGCUCAUGUCGCACGUCAUCCUCGCGACGCAGACGCCCUCACCCGCAUUCGCGCUCCCGACGGCGGCGACCAAAAAGGACCGCGCCGCGCUCGAGCGCGUCGUCGUCCUGUGCGCGCCGCACCCUCGGCUGCAGCGAGGGCUCGCGCUCUUCCUCGACCCCGAGGGCGGUGCGGGCGCAACGCUCGCGGCGCAGUGGGUCGGCAAGAGGGUCGGCGAGAGGGAGAAGGCCGUCGUCAAGUGGGGGAUGAAGGUCGCGCUCGAGACGCUCAGCGUUGGCGGCAUCGUGCCCGGCGAUGUGUAGCCUCUCGCUGUCAUCGAAGAAGCUCCCUUGCAGUU